ACAUUAAUAAACAGCACUUCAAAGCCAUCCACAUCUCAAUCAUCACAAGAGAUGACAAACAAAGACAUGAAUAAAAAGAGUAGUGAAGACUCGAUGCAAAUGCCAUCAAAACAAUCGAUGUCUAAAUUUUUGGCACAAAAUAAGACUAGAAGAAGGAAAUGCUUUAACAAAACCAAAAAUGCAUUUAUUUGUCCCAUAAAUAAGUGCCACAAGAGUUGUGAAACUGAUUUCCAAUUUCGCCGUCACGUGACAGCAGUUCACGGCGAAAGACAAUUCUUGUGCACUCAUGAGGGCUGUGGUAAAGGCUAUACUACAAGGUCUGCCUUAAGAGUACAUCAAUUGUUACACAAAACUGUUAAAUCAUUUCAUUGUCCUCACAAUGGCUGCGAAUACGAAGCCAUUGAUGAUUACUAUUUCACUCAACAUGUGAAGAGACGGCACUCAAAUCAAUCGGUGUCUGAAGUAUUGCUACAAAAUGUCACCGAAAGGAAGAAAUGUUAUGAGUUUGAGAAAAAGGCAUUUAUUUGUCCAAUAAAUGAUUGCCAUAAGAGUUACAAAACGGAUGUCCAGUUUUCACACCAUUUGAAGUCUGUUCACAGCGACGGACAAUACGUUUGCGAAUACAUAGGCUGUGAGAAUGUGUUGAAAUCAAAAAACGGUUUUAAUUUACAUCUAUUGGGACACAAAAAGGCGAAACCAUUUCAUUGUCCACACAAUGGCUGUGAGUCUAAAGCCGUUAGCGAUAGGUAUUUGAAAGCACAUCUGAAGACACACUCGACAGAAUCGGUGGUCAAAGGGGCGGAACCACUGAUACAAUACACGAAAGCCUUUACACUAAACACAUGGGAAAGAAAGCGAUGCUUUGAUCCGAAGACAAAGACCUGGAAGUGUCCGGGAAUUGAGUGCCAGAAGGCAUUGAAAACGCGUAAACUAUUUAACCAACAUUUAUAUAACAUUCACAGCGAACCCCGAUUUAAAUGCCAUUAUGAAGGGUGCGAUAAGAUUUUCACUCAUAAGGAUAGACUCGACAAUCAUUUAGUUGUCCACAAAAAUGACAAGAAAUUCAAGUGUGAUUACAAAGACUGCGAGUACGCGGGCCGUACGAAAUGGGCCCUAAAGUCACAUAUGGUCUCCCAUUUGACGGACAGACCGGUGAUUGAAUGCUCGGUCGACGGGUGCGGAAAGGCAUUCAAAUUGGCCAAAGAUCUGGCGCAACACUCGCGCGUACAUCUGAGCGACCCGACGAUCCGGUGCGGCGCCGACGGGUGUAACGAAAUGUUUUUCCAUAGCUAUGAACGCCUCAAACAUCAGAUCUCUGUCCACAAUAGGAAACGUAAAAAAUAUAAACCGCAACGAAAGCAACGGUGCGAUUGGCCCGGAUGUGAGUAUUCGGGAACUUAUUUAAGUUAUCAUAAACUCAAGCAUACGGGAGAGCGACCACAUGUGUGCGUUUGGCCCGAUUGUGGUAAAAGUUAUGCAAAUAAACUCCGAUUGAUGAUUGGCCCGGAUCAUACGGGAGAGCGACCACAUGUGUGCGUUUGGCCCGAUUGUGGUAAAAGUUAUGCAAAUAAACUCCGAUUGAGAGAUCACAUGAAUAUCCACAACAAUGUGCGCCCAUUUGUGUGCCAAUGGCCCGGAUGUGAGUACUCGGCCACCGGUUCCUCCAUUUUGUUUAAUCAUAAAAAUUUUAAAUGUACAAUCAUUGAUGGAGAAGACAAUCAAGACUUUUGGCUAUUGUGUCAAACAUUGGAUCAAUUGAGUGAUGAAACGUAUGGAUCGGUUGGACAUCACAUUAAGAUUGAAUUAGAAGACCAAAUGAAGAGUCCAUCAAAUGACCAACAAAUGAGACAAAGAUAUGAAACACAAGAAGUGAAUCAAAAUAUUAAUGAUAACAACAAUGACGUGAAUGAAGACAUGUUUGCCAUCAAUGGUCUGGAGCUGAGAACAGGUGUCAAAGUAGAAGCUGAAGAUUCUAUGGAACCGAUUAAUACACAACUCAUUAAUAAAUCGUCAAUAAAAAUGCAAACACAAGUGAACAGCACUUCAAAGCCAUCGACUUCUCAAUCAUCACAAGAGAUGGUAAACAUAGACUCGAAUGAAGACUCGAUGGAAAUGACAUCAAAUGAAUCGAUGUCUCAAUUCUUGCGACAAAAUAAGUCCGAAAGAGAGAAAUGUUUUGAUUUAACUCUCAAUGCAUUCGUUUGUCCCAUAAAUAAGUGCCACAAAAGUUUCAAAAAAGACGUUAACUUUGCGAUGCAUUUUCGGAGAACUCAUACCACUAAACAAUACAUGUGUACUCAUGAGGGCUGUGGUCAAGCAUUUAAAACACAGUACACCUUAAGGACACAUCAAUCGAUUCACAAAAAUAUCAAAUUAUUUCAUUGUCCACACAAUGGCUGUCAAUAUAAAGGCAUUAGUGAUAACAAUUUGAAGCUUCACUUGAGGGCACACUUUACGGAUAAAGUCUUCAGAUGUGAUGUCAAUGGAUGUGAUUAUCAGACCUUUAAAUACAAGACGUUGAAAAAUCACGCGAAAAGAAAACACAAAAUAAUUAAUGGUUUGGAUUUGGGAUCAGUUGUUAUAAAAGAACCGGAAGAUAAUUGUGUGAAUACAGACAUGAGUUCAAUGACUAAUGAAAUUCAAAGACAAGUGAACAGCACUUCAAAGCCAUCCACAUCUCAAUCAUCACAAGAGAUGGUAAACAUAGACAUGAAUGAAGAGAGUAAUGAAGACUCGAUGGAAAUGACAUCAAAGCAAUCGAUGUCUCAAUUGUUGGCACAAAAUAAGACCAAAAGAAGUGAAUGUUUUGAUCGGACUCUCAAUGCAUUCAUUUGUCCCAUAAAUAAGUGCCACAAAAGUUUCCAAAAGGAUAUCCCAUUUCAACAACAUUUGCCCAGAACUCAUACCCCAAGACAAUACAUCUGCACUCAUGAGGGCUGUGGUAAAGGCUUUAAGUUAAAGGAUAGUUUCUCCAGACAUGUAUUAACGCACGAAAGUAUCAAAUCUUUUCAUUGUCCACAAAAUGGCUGUGAAUUCAAAGCCAGUAUUAGUUACUAUUUAACAGAACAUCUGAAAAGACAUUCAACGGAUAAAGUCUUCAGAUGUAAUGUCAAUGGAUGUGAUUAUUAUAACUUUAAUGCCAAGAAUUUGAGAGUCCAUAAGAAAACACACACAAAAACGCAAUCAUUUCAAUGCUAUUAUAACGGCUGUCAAUACAAAGCCAGUAGUUAUCACUGUUUGAAAGGACAUCUGAGGACUCACUCAACAGACAAACAGUUUAGAUGUGAUGUCAAUGGAUGUGAUUUUCAUAGUUUUAAUCGAAAGUCUUUGUCGAGACAUAUGGAAAAUAUGCACAAAAAUAUUCAAUCAUUUCAAUGCCAUUAUAACGGCUGUCAAUAUAAAUGCGUUAACAAUAGGUUAUUGACAUCACAUCUGAAGACACAUUCAACAGACAGAACAGAUGGAGUGAACUCGAAGAAUGAGUUGAAUGUCCACCGUUUGACACACGGAUCCGAACCUACCAUCACGUGUGGGGCCGACGGCUGUAAUGAUAUGUUUUAUACGUAUUCCCAACGCCUGAGACAUCGGGUGUCGGUUCACAACCGACGGACGAGAAGUUAUCGCAGAGGAAAACAAUGGUUUGAAUGGACGAGCCACAAGAAGACAGUGGAAGACAAACAAUGGAUGAGUAAACGAAGACAAAUUGAAAGACUAGUGAAGACUCGUCUCAUUUGUGAUAAUAGUUGCGAAACGGAUACUUGUUUUUACAAAAGACAAUACGUGUGCACUCGUGAGGGCUGUGGUAAAGGCUCUAAGACAAACCAUAAUAUAAAAGCUCAUCUAAUUAUUAAUUACUAA